UGGUUGCUGCAGUGUGUUUGAGUCCUUACACAGCUUCUCUUGUGGGAGGUUGGGUUGUUGCUUUGGUAGUGGAACACCUGGUUAGUAUGGGUAGUUUUUCUGUAGACUUGCAUUUCUACUUUGCUAUUGUGGUGGCUGCUGAUCAGGAUGUUCAGGAAGGGUAGCAAGUUGUUUUCUUCUCCCUUAGUCAACUGGAUUCUUUAAAACUGUUAUUGAUGGUUCUGUGAGUGAUCCCUAAUUGGUCCUUUUUUAUUAUGGUGAAGGUGUCAUCUACAUAUGUGAUCCAUAUUUUCCAUUGUAUUUGUAGAACUGCUAUGGCUUCUAGAUGUUGCAUGACGACCUCCGUUAUGAGUCCUUAAAGCAAUGAUCCCAUAAGUGUCCCUUUAAUUUGUUGGUAAAUAUGUCCAUCAAAUUGGAAGUAUGUAGUGAAGCAAAGGUUUAUGAGAUCCAUAAUCCUGGGUGUUUCAAUCUUUGUGUAUUCAAUUAAGUUAGCUGUGCUGUAAAGCAAAGCAGUCAUGGAUUCUUUGGCUAAUCCUGGAUCUAUAGACGUGAACAGGCUGUGACAUCAAAUGAGACCAUGAUUUCUUCCUCCUUUAUAGUCACAACAUCGAUUGUUUGAAGACACUCUAGUGGAGUGUUAAUGGAGUGUUGGCUUCCUCUUGUGAGGUGCCCAAUCUUUUUUGUUAAUUCUUUUGCAAUGCUGUUGGUGUAGCGAUAGGAUUGGACGAAGAGGUACGCCAGGUUUGUAUAUUUUGGGGCAUCCAUAGAAGCAUGGGCGGAUGGGUCUGCUAUUUUUCAUCCACCACUGUUCCUCUUUGAUAAUUUGGCCUUUCUUAGUAAAGUCACGGAGGGUUCUCUUGAUCUGGUUGUCUAGUUUUUGUAUUCUGUUAAUGUUGAUUGGGAUGUAGGUUUCUUUGUCCCCCAGUAUUUUUGUUUUUUGUAGGUAUUGUGCUCUGCCCAUAAUAACUAUGGUUUGGCUUUUGUUUGCAGAUAGGAUGGUAAUAGGCUGGUCCUUUUUUAAGUUUCUGAGAGCUGUUUUGUCUUGUUUUAAGUUGAUUCUGUUCUUGUUUUCUUCUCAUCUGUGGAAUGAUGCUUUGUCUAAUGCUUUCCUGGACUUCUGUGGAAGCAUGUAUAUCCUCCCUCUCGCCGCGCCUCCUCCUCCUCCUUUUUCGUCAGCUAACGGGCUGCUCUUUCCCUUUCAGGCCGGGAAAGACCCCUCCCCCUGAGAAAUCGCCCAGACCAAAAUCCCGACGCAGCGAGUCCACAGCUAGCAAUCAGACCUACAACAACCCACCCCGUCUAACCAAGGGAGCCGAUUUUGGAUUGGCCGAGACUGCGGUUCCCGGCUGGUUCUCAGCGUAUCCAAUUUCAGCGCCGAAGGAGCCGAUUGGAAAAGGAAGCCGUCCCGUGGAGGAUGGGAGUGCGCGUGCGCACAAGCCUGCACGGGCGAAGAAGCUUUUUUUUUUUUUAAUUGUUGCACUUGAGGGGGUUUGACCGUCGGCGGAAGCUUUCCGAGGCGGAGGAGUUCGAAGGGACCUACGGUUGCAGGCUCUCCUUGGUCUCCCAGAUUGUACAAAAAAGAAAAACCCUCAAAGUACCUGGAAAGAAAGUCACUAAUUUACAAAAUCCUUCAUGGCAAUGACAUGCGGCAUUUUAGCAGAAGUGAUUUGUAUUCUGAAAAGCAUCAGAGAAAUACAGUGAAGAGCUCUGAUGGAACUAAGCCAUUUCAUGGUAUGCUGGAAUUUCCAGGAGUUCUCCCAACAAAAGUUCCAGGUGCUACUUUUUUUAGUUCUGCUGCCAAAUGCAUUAGCAAUCCUGAUACUGACUGUAGGAGACAAGCACUAGCUAUCCCUUAUUCAUCCACUCCAAGGCAUUUAUCAGGUAAAAGAAGCCCACAUUUCAGUGCCAAAAUGUCUGUAUUGCCUAGAAGUUUCAGUUCCUUACAACCUCUGGAGGACACUGGUUUUGAACCGCAGGAACUGAAAAGAUCAAGAAGUGUUUCAGCUACUGGGGCCUGUCCAUCAUACGAAAUGCCUGUUCCUUGGCAUCAGAACAAUCUGACUGACUAUGAAGAAAGUCCCAAACUUGGCAUGCAGAAACUAACACCCAUAAGAAACUGCUCUAUAGCGGGGCAAAUGAGAAGAAUGUCCUCCUUCCAGGCUGAUUACUGGGCAUGUGCAAUACCUGAUUCUCUACCACCAUCACCAGACCGUCAGUCCCCACUUUGGAAUCCCAAUAAGGAAUAUGAGGACUUGCUUGAUUAUACUUACCCUUUACGGCCCAAGUACAAGCUUGCCAAAAAUCUCAAAGAUUCCACUGUCCAUGAUUCUGGAAUUGAUCUUGAUAGCCUCUCCAUUUCCCCUGAGAGUACCUUGAAGUCUAUGAGUAUGUGGGACCAAGAACACCAAACCAGGGAGAGCCCUACUGCACAGAGACUUUCAAGUCCUUUCCUGAAAAAGCUGGAAUGCUCAGUUCCAGUUUCUCACUACAGAAUAUCACCCAUUGGGAAAAUGUCCCUGGCAGAUGGCGAAGUUGGCAUUUCUGGAGGGAUGUCACCUAAUUUAUCUCCUAGAUGCCUUGAGCCACCCAAUUCCCCAUUUGUAAUUGAGCAAGGAUGCCACAAAAAUAGACAUGAGUGUCUUUUGAGGAGAAAAGCUGCUAGUGGAAACUUCUUGCGCUCUACAAGUGUAUUGCCCUUACAGAAAGAAUGUGCCAGUGAUGAUGAAUAUCUCUCCUUACCACCAAGACUCAAGGAGAUAGAGACGUUGGCACAGCAGCUAACUGAUCUUACACUGACUAUAAAGAAACCUGAACACAGCCGGGAACAAGAUGACUUCGCCUGCAUCAGUGUGAAUAGGCAGCAGCUUCUACCAGAGGUUCAAGGAGACAGUGAUGGCAAUGAGAGCCAGUGGGAAUUGUAUUCCGACUCUUUCCAUACGUGCAGUUUCCAAGAACCUGAUGAAAUAGACAUUCUAAGGGAUCAAACCAGCAAGGACCAUGAAAGUGAGCCAAGGGAAACUGCUGGCGCUGAUUUUCUUGAAAUGAGAUGCCCAGAGUUCCUUUCUAUCAAGGAAGAAAAGAAGGACCAUUACUCUCUUGCACAGUGUAUUAAGAUGUUUUGCUAUCAGUUGGAAGAGCUCAUUCGCUGGCUACAUAAAAUGGCAGAAGUUAUAGAUCACUGGGCUCCUCCCAGGCCAGACAUUGAAAGUGUUAAAGCAUCAUUUCAAAACUACCUGGAAUUCAAAAAAGAUUUAGCUGAGCACCAAGCACUGACUGAAAGUGUGAUGCAUGAUGGGGAAAAACUUCUUAAAUGCAUGUCAACAAAUUCACCAGUUUUACAGAAAACUCUUGGCUUGAUUGCAAAACAUUCGGAUAUGCUUAAAAGCCAUGCUGAACGAUUGUAUGAAUCUAUUUUAGCAGCAAUAUAUACUCUUGAUGACGGCUUGAGGAAGCAUUGCGAUGUUCAAGAAACUGUGGUCCACAAAGAUACAUCUGAAUAAAACUUCUGUUGAUAUGGAUGAAUGAAAUAACUACAUCCAUAAAUAUGAUGAGGCUCCCCCUUCAAGAAAUAAGAACUUUUCCUUCAAAAUUUUGAUGUGCUACAAUGACAUCAAGCUUGGUUUCCAAGUUCAGAAGGUACAACAAUGGGCUUUGUAUCUGGCAACAAAGUGUUGAAGAACAGUGUGGAAGGGAAACUUCUGAUGUUGGAGGUUUAAUAAUGCAUUUCUAAUUUGAAUAUUUAUUUGCCGGGGCUCUGCAUUCUUCAAAAAUUAUUCAGAAGUGUUUAUGUGAGACACAAAUUCCACUGAGCCUAAAAAAAAGCUGCAGUUGGUUUGAAAGUCAGAUCACGAAUGGACUUCUUAAAGUAGCAGCACUUCAUUUUCAGAUUUGUGUUGCUGCCUGAAACAAAAUAGAGACUGCUAUAUAAAACAGCCGAAAUACUUUAUGGGAGAUCCAAAGUACUUCAAAAUAAUAAUCAAAAAAUGUAUAGCCCUAUUAUUUGUUUUGUAUUUUUUUCAAUUAAUAAUUGUAAGUCUUCAGUUUAUCUCAUGUGACAAAUUAUAUGGAAGCUACAUUUCAAAUAAAGCAACUUUAUUAUUUUAAAACAUGCACUGUAGGUAAAUGAUUUCAGUAAGUUAAAUAAUAGUCCAUUAAAGCUGCAAUUACAUGACUUGUAUGGUAUUUGUGCAACACUCAUGCUAAAGAAAUUAUUAUUUAUUUUUUUGAAAGCUUCAGGCACUGUUCACCUUCACUUACCAAUCACUAGAUUGUAAGAUAACUUUUCUGUGUCAUUGAUAGACUUUAGUUAUAAAUUCUUGGAUGAAGGGUGGUUCUGUUUUUAUAAUAAAAUACACGAGACUCAGUUUGUAACAGAAAACUUGUUUAAUAGUGUAGCAUGAAUAGACUUCCAUAUACCCUUUUUUGCUGCCUCCAUAAGCUUUGUAGUUAGGGAUACUAGCUCCUGACUGCCUGUAAUCCUGAAUCCAUAUUAGAGCUUAAAAAAGAAUUCUGUGCAUUCAGAGAUAAAACUCUUCCUGUUCUUUACGAUUGGCUAAUAAGAGUGCUUACCAUAUUAAUAAUCAAAUUCCAACUUUUGAAACUGCAAUUUCCAAGCUGUAUGAAGAGCAAUUGAUAGACUAAAGAUAAUAUCUCCUUCCUAAGCUGUUCAACUUUCCUUCCCACUGGAAACAAGAAGAAAUGAAGUUUCUUUUAAGGGGUAGGUGAAAAAUUAUUUAUUAAAUUUGUUUGCCAUCCAUCUCACCACAAAGUGACUACAUAGUAUCAGAUCUCUUAGCCUUGUUCAUACAGGUAAAUCUGAGCGAAGGUUUACUAAAUUAAUGCAGUAGCUUGAAUUUGCAUGCAUACUGAUUCACUUUUUAGCCUGGCGUGAUGUGCAAAUAGCCUAUUAGAUACCUUUGUAUGUUCUUAAGUGCUUUUUAGAUACAUAGGGUUAUGAAAACACACCUCACAUGCGAAUAAGGCUGGAUUUUAGACAUUUUAAAAAUAUACUGGUAUAUCUCUUUUUGGAUUUAUAUUUGUUUCCUUCUUCUGAAUGACAGCAUUUAGCUGUAAUAGUUGGAAAGAGGCUCUAGAAGACCAAAACAAUGGAAUCUGGGUGUGCCCUCAAGUAUUGAAGUCUUAGUUUGCUCACAUUAGGGCCAAGAGAUCAUGAAAACUUUUUACAAAACACGAAAACUUAGAACUCAAAUAUUUUCAGACAUUUACAAAUCAGAUGUACUCUUUCCCAAAUCUGUUGCCUUUUGUAGGCUUCCCAGAUUUAAAAAACAUACAACUAGAACUGACACAUAAAUUGAAAAAAAAGUAUAGUCACUUUGUUCAGAAUAUGUUAACAAACUACUGUUUUAAAAGAAACAUGGAUAUAGUCUAGCAAACAAAUGUAUUGAAAUAGUAUUCUAAGCCAGCAGAAUAUUCUAAGGUCAGAACAGUACACUUUAUUUUUAAAAAAAGUGUGCUCAGUUAAUAGCAUUUAGAGUAUUAUUUUCAAGAGCUUCAGCACUUUCAAAAUGACCCCAAAUCAUCAUUUAAAUAUUGUAGUCGAUUUUCUUCUAUGUAACAUUUCUUUAUGAAUUGAUACAAUACUAAAAGCACAUUAUGAAUCAACUGAUCAAACAUUUCUCAUUCCGAAGUACACUUUAUUGUUGAAGUUAAAGAGCAAAUUCAAAAGUUCAAUAAUUUCAAUUUUCUAACAACAGUACUAUGAAGAAUUAAGGUAUUGUGUGUUCCAGUUGCAGAUCACUAAAUGUUUAUCCCAUAAUGGGAAUGAAAUUUUCUCAGAGAUUUGCUAAUACAUUUGCCUCUCAAUCACAUCUGAGUAUUUGCUUACAAAAGUGUCAACGACCCUUUUAAAUUAUUUUGUAAAUAAGAUAUUCUUUUAUCAAGUUGGUAACUUUAAAACCCAGAUAUCAGGCACUAAUGGAUUAGUUUCUUUAUACAAAAGUUCUACAUAUGGUUACUGAAGCAAUAAUCAAGCCAUAUUUUUUGCUCAAAUUCACAUAUGUAUUUAAAUGCUUCCUCCCUGCACAAAUGUAUAUUUGUCUUUUGGUCAGCCGCCUUAUUACUAUGCCUUCCACUGUAGCUUUCUUGUGCCUUUGUGUGCAUAACCAAGCCGACCAAUAAAUUGCACAAACUUUUAUUAAAGUCAACAGUAUUGAUUGUGAGAGAAUGGAAGUAACAUUAUUUAGAAAAGACAUAACAUAUCAUUAGAGUUAACAUCAUCUUGUUAGCUUGAAGUCAUUCAUACUUUAGGAAAAAUACUGUUUCCUUUUCUAUGACAGAGCAAGAGAGACAAAUAAUUUCUAAAUGGAACCAUUCAGAAAUAAAUUCAAACACAAUUAGGAUGCAAGGGGGAAGAGAGAUGGUACAUCUAGAGUGAUUAUGGUUCUAUAAACAAUGGUAUAAGUUGUGUUCCAAGUACAGCGCACAUGCCAGACGUACAUGACACUUGAGUCACGUAGGCCUUAUUUGCUAGUCAUUUGCUGGGCUGGGCAGGUAUAGUCUAGAAGGAAGUGAUUUUAAAGUGCCAGUACCGCACACAAAAAGUUCACUGGGGACACAAGGCAAGCCUUUCCCCUUGUUCAUAAGAAUUAAGACAAUACUUAUCACCAUACAGUUUGAUAUUACUUCCAGUAAGUACAAUAUUUAUUAAACAUUUCUUCAGUUUGUUACAUUUUGUGCAACAAAUUACAAGAGUCUGCAGCCACAAAUUAUACGUAGAGUAUGAAGAAAAAUCAGCAUCUGCGAUCCAAAGAACUAUUAUGGGACUGCAACUUCCUUUUGAAUGGCAAUCCCCCUCCCCUUUGUGAAAUGCCCUGCUGUUUCAAAGGGGGUUGCCAAGGGAGGUGCUGCUCAAGAGUCCAAACCUGCUUUGGCUGCACACGGCUAUUUAGGGCUGAUCCCAGGUAGUGUUUUCUUUCCAUUUUCUUAGAGCUCUACAUGGAACUAGCAAAUUUGAUUUUACACAGAAUGCUUUAUGAACUUUAUGCGUGGAAAAGUGACAGCCACAUUUGGGCUGUUGAAUACAAAAAAAAAAAAAAAAA